AUGGCGGUGGCGGCGACGAUGGGGGGGGAGGGAGGGGGGGGGACGGAGCUGCGGGCGUUCGUGGCGGCGUGCGCGAACGCGCUGGGGCGAAGGGACGAGGACGUGGGGGCGAGGAUCGCGGCGACGCUGGAGGCGAAUUGGUUCACGACGCCGAUGGAUUUGGCGAGAUUGAGCGUGGAGGAGGCGCGAGCGAUGGCGGUGCCGAUGAAACUGGUGGAUGAGUUUAAGCGCGCGCUGGACGGCGCGCGCGGGUUCGCGGCGAGCGGCGCGAGCGCGACGACGACGACGACGGAGAAAAACGACGAGGGAGAAACGGCGCUCGAUUUAGGACUCGAGCCGUUGGCGUCGGAGACGGCGGCGACUACGAUGAAGACGAUGGUGUCGUCGAGCGGACGCAUGGCGUUGAAGAUGCGCACCGGUUUAUCCGCCGAGUCGACGCGAGUGACGAGUCGACCUGUCGGAUUACCGAAUUAUCGCAUACCGUUGGAGGAAUGCGGAAGCGAUUUGAAGAAACAGUUCAAGGCUUUGCGCAAAUUCCUUACCGUCCGUAGGCUUGGGCCUCAAGAAUGCAUUCUCGCUGGGGUGACGGCGGAAAAGUACGAAGACGUUUUGCGAGGCGCCUUGGGAUGGUUGUGCGCGGAGAAAAACAUGAAACCUUCGAAAGUCACGCUCCUCGACUUAUUCCCGAGUAUUGACGCGGAGAGUGCCAAUGGAGCUUUUGAAUACGUCACUUGGCUGAACGAUGAGCGACAGACGUCGGCAAAUUACGAGCUUCUCGUCACUCGCUCGUGCAUCGCGGCGGUGAAAUUCUUGUACGGCAAUUUGAGCAAGGCGCAACCGGGCGAGGGCGAAGCGAAACCGUACCAUGACUUGCCGGUGAUGAAAGAAUUACGUCGUAUGGCGAAAGACGCUAAAGCUCGAUCAGCCAAGGCGCCUAGCGUGAGCGAUGAGCGUCUGAAAUGGCUCGAAUGGGAUGAGUACUUGACGCUCGUGCAACGAUUGAAGAGCGAGUGCACGGCGAAGAAUUGUCUGGGACAAUCUCGCUCGGCGAGCGCCGUGGCGUGGAGUGUGCAGAAGUAUUUAAUUUUUGGCGUUCUGUCGUGUGUGCCCGAUCGUCAGCGAACUCUACGCGAGCUACGAGUCGGGAAGACGCUGUUCAAAGAGGGCGAUAAGUGGGUCAUUCGCCACAAAGAAACCGAUUAUAAAACGGGCAAGGACUACGGGGUGCGACCACCGCUCGUAAUCGCUCCGCAUCUAUAUCCGACGCUCGAGACAUUCAUCGAAACGCACCGCAAAGAGCUCAAUCCGAACCACGAUUUCCUUUUCACUCGCAAGAAUGGUGAGCAGUUUGACGGACAGGGGAUUUAUCGGCUCUUUACGACGACGGCGAUGCGUCUCACCGGCAAGCGGACGAACCCGCACUUGAUUCGAGACAUGGUGGUGACGCACUUACGAGGGACGGACGCGUCCGAGCGACAGUUAGAGGCGCUAGCAAUCUAUAUGGGUCACUCACUUCAGAUGCAAAAGUCGACGUACGACAGACGAUCUGUCGAGCAAAAAGUUGCGCCGGCGGUGGAUCUGUUAGAUUCGCUCAACGCAAAGAUGAGACUCUAG